UCUAUAGUGUCCAUGGAAGACAUUGGAGAACAAGUUGUGUGCCUGAUUGCUUAUCAUCUACUUUUUGCAAUGUUUGUCUGGUCAUAUUGGAAAACUAUCUUUACAUUACCAAUGAAUCCUUCAAAAGAAUUCCAUCUCUCUUAUGCAGAGAAAGAAUUGUUGGAGAGAGAGCCAAGAGGAGAAGCCCAUCAGGAAGUUCUUAGGCGAGCAGCCAAAGAUCUUCCCAUCUAUACCAGGACCAUGUCUGGAGCAAUCCGAUAUUGUGACAGAUGCCAACUUAUAAAGCCAGAUCGCUGCCAUCACUGUUCCGUCUGUGAUAAAUGUAUUUUGAAGAUGGAUCAUCAUUGCCCAUGGGUGAACAAUUGUGUUGGAUUUUCAAAUUAUAAAUUUUUCCUCCUUUUCUUGGCUUAUUCCCUGCUGUACUGCGUUUUUAUUGCUGCUACAGAUUUACAGUAUUUUAUCAAAUUUUGGACAAAUGGCCUACCUGAUACUCAAGCCAAGUUCCAUAUUAUGUUUUUAUUCUUUGCUGCAGCUAUGUUUUCUGUCAGCUUGUCUUCUCUGUUUGGCUAUCAUUGUUGGCUAGUCAGCAAAAAUAAAUCAACAUUAGAGGCAUUUAGAAGUCCAGUAUUUCGAUACGGAACAGAUAAGAAUGGCUUCAGCUUGGGUUUCGGUAAAAACAUGCGACAAGUUUUUGGUGAUGAGAAGAGGUACUGGUUGCUACCCAUUUUUUCAAGUCUAGGUGAUGGCUGUUCCUUUCCAACUUGCCUUGUUAACCAGGAUCCAGAACAACCAUCUACUCCUGCAGGAUUGAAUUCAACAUCUAAAAAUCCUGAAAACCAUCAGUUUCCUGCAAAGCCUUUGAGAGAGUCCCAGAGCCACCUUCUUACUGAUUCUCAAUCUUGGACAGAGAGCUGCACAAACCCAGGAAAAGAUAAAACUGGUAUGAGCAAUCCUGCAUUAACCAUGGAGAAUGAGACUUAGCUCUUCAAACAAAGUAAAUUCAUACUUUAUGAAAGUAUCAAUACUGUAGAUGGAUGGAAGAGGCUUCCCACAGGAAGGCACCACUGGCCAGUUGUUCCAUUUCCCUUGGGCUGGAUGUACAGACAAUGAAUUGAUUAGUUCUUUCCAAGCUGUUGCUUAAAACAUAAUACAUUUUUAAUCUAGGAUACAGAUUGUUUCAACUAAUACAAAUUCCUAUUAAAUAUUAAAAGUUAUGUUUUAUGAAUCAAGGGCAAAAAUAUCUUCUAUCAUAAAAACUUGGAAUAAGUUUGUGGGCCAGUUUUCACUGAAAUAUUUGGGUAGCACAAUUUAUCACAUAAAAAGCCCAUUAAUCAUCUGAUUUUCCAAUUCAGAAAAUUGAGACUAUUAAGAUAAUUGAGAUUUAAAAGAUUUCAAGUCACAUUAUAAUAAGAAGCUUUAUUCUAUGAGAAGUUAGAGGAAGCAAAUGAGACUUGUUUAUUCCCUCUGAUGUGAAUCCAGCCUCAGACUGAGUGAACUGUGAUAACUAUGAAUUCAUUACAAAUUUCAAGUGGCCUACAGUGGAAGAUCACCAUCCAUUUUUUGCCAGACUUCAGUCUAAUUCUAGCCUUUGUUCCCUGCUGGAAAAGAAGUAUGAUCAUUGAGGCUCGAGCUCAACUGGCUAGAAAACUUUUGUCAGAACUAAUACAUUUCUGUUACAGCAGAAAUAUAUUUUUCAUCUCUUCUGAUCAUCUGAAAAUUGGGGGAAAAUAUAUAAAACAAUUAUGAAGAUUGGUUUGAUAUUCUUUUGCUGGUUUGGCUUCUAAAAAUCUCUUUUUAGGUUAUUUUUCUUAUCGAAUGUAGCAAAAAUAUUGAAUUUCUGUUAAGAAUUCCUGAUGGGCCAAUAGAUUAAUCCUCCAUUGACAUCUAUAUUGUCUUCUCAUCGAAAGUAUGACAGUUAAACUAUAUAGGUCCUUAACUACCUAUAAAGAAUAAAUUAUGCAAAUCAUCAAACAAAAAUCAUCUACUUUUGGAAAUUUAGUUCAACAUGAACUAAAUGGCAUGCUGUUUGGAAACUGAGUUUAAGAUAAACUAAAGUGGUGUGUUUGUUGAUGCCAAAACGUUCAGCUUCAGUAAAUAUACUAAGAAGCUCUUGUGCCUUGUAUGCACUACUUAAAAAAAAAGUUUUAUUUUAUUCUUUUUUAAUUUGAUGGAGUGUAAGUUUUGUAAAUGUUAGCGAUUAGAAUAAGCUGUAUACAUUUUUUUGGUACUGAUUUUGAGAAUUUAAUGCAGAUUACCUUUUAAAUCUACACAGCUAAGAAACUGGUAUUUAAUCAAAGAGAAAAUGGAAUUAAACUUUUCAGAAUCUGAGUUAGACAAAAAUGUAACACAAGAUAGACUAGAAGACCAGAGGAUAAGGGAGUAAAAGAUCCUUGCAAUUAUUCAUCCUUGCUGAAAAUAUAGAGUUUUAUAUUAAAUGAGUUUAUGGAAGAACCAAUGUCAGCCCAGUCCAUUUUCUAGAUCUUUUUGAGUGCAAUUAUUUGAACAAUAAAAUGGUAGUCUUUUUCAGAUUUUUUUUUAAAGCUAAACAUUUUGAUCUGACAAUCUGCUUCAUGAAAUCUCAGAAGAUAUGAUACAUUUUUACUUUUAUCUUAACUUAAAGCAUUUUUUGGUCAUCAUUUUUCAUUACCUGAAGUGCCAGGUUGGAACCUAUAGCUAUUGCUAGAAGUCUUAAGGGCAACAGCAUCAGGUGAUGUAUUAAGAAUUAUAUGCAGCCAGAUUUUUUUCAAAGCACAGUACUAUAGCUGUUUUUACAGACGGGAUUUUGUUAGGUCUUCCCUCAUGUCAAACUAGAAGCUAGGGGGAAAAAAAGAGAGAUUUUUAUUCUUUACCCUGCUAGAGUACUGUUAAUUUUUUCCCCCUUUAGGUCUUCCAUGUAAUUACUGAAAUACGUUAAGUCAAUACACAUUAGAAUCAGAUUUGAAAAAAUUUUUAAAAAUAAAAUUUUUUUCAUUAA